AUGGAUGCAGUGGCGUCGACGGCCGGAGUGGCUGCGGCACUCGUGGGCACCCAAGAGGGUAAGGAGGUGGACAACGGCAUACAGCACGACACGCACAAAGACGACACCAAGCCCUCGUCAGCCCACGGCCUGGUGCACAAAAAGCGGCGGCGCAGUCGCACCCUGAGCAAUGGGCACCCGACGUCGCCCGAGGGAGAAGAAGAACGAAGAGGAAAGGACAAGAAGAACGAAACAGAAAAAGAGCGAAGAGAGGGGGGAGGCGGCGACGAAAAAGAACGAAGCCCGACACCAGCGCGGCUCAGGGCCACCUCGCCCACCUCGUCGCCGCAUACAACGCGGUCACGCCAGGGGGCCGCGGUCCUGCCUGCUCUAUCUCUGUCAGUGCUGACCCAGCACCAGGUGGUGCACAAGGACAAGCAGCCUUCUCCGCCCCAGCAGCCCGACAACAAGAAAAAGAAGGGCAGCUGGAGGAAGAUUGGAAGCGGUCCCUUGAAGAAGCCACACCACGAUGACAACAUCGCCGAACAGGAAGACCACGAAAUGGCUCAAUUUGAAAAGAUCGAGUCGUUGGCCAAGGACCGAUGCUUGUGCGGGAUGCUGAUGCCUUCCAUGGUGACCACCGACCGGGACAAGAUGGGCACGGCCCUGCUGCAGCUCGAGCCCUCGCACCUCCUCUUCGCGCGGCUCCACUUCAAGGGAGGCGGCAGGCGGUUGUCCGUGGAGGAGUGGGAAGAAGAUAAGAUCAGCGUUCCCAAGUUCAUCUUCGCCGAUGUCGAGGCCUUCCCGUUCAGCAUCACGCUCAAGGAGUACGGGUUCAACAACUGGCAGAAGAUGCCCUCCAUGCCCUCGCCCCGCGGUACCAAGGAACGUGAGGGUGACAGCUAUCGGCUCGCCGCCAUGGAAUGCGGCAAGACCACCGCCUGGCUCAAGCACCUGCAACCCAAAGAAUCACCGCCGACCUCUACCCGGCCCAGCAGGAGCUUCGGCCCGCCCAAGUACGACUUCCUCUGGUUGCAGCGAAAGGAGAACUCCUGGAACCGUUACUUCUGCGUGGCGAGCGGGGACUACCUCGAGUGGUAUAUUCUUGGACCCGUGAAAUCGAUUCCGCUGGAUUCGAUCGUGGCGGUGGACAAGGGGCGGAAGGUGGAGACCCUCCGCAUGGGCCGAUCGGAAUCGAAGAUCAAGCGGAACGUCAUCCGCGUCUACGAUACGUGGCUCAACAUCACCUGGAAGAACGAAUACGACUUCGAGAACACGACCCGGUUCUACUUUCAGAGCGACGAGGAGGCCUCGGCCUGGUACGAGCCGCUGUCGCGCCUGGUAUCCGCCGCGGAUAACAGCAACGCGACGGCGGCUACAGGUGGACUCUUGCCGGCGCCGCCGGCCUUUGAUUCGAGCUCGAGCUCGACGACGUCAUCGUCAUCAUCGCCGGCAAGCGGGGCUCAUCUGAUUCAGUCAUCGCCGGCGCGCGUGCGCAUCAACGCCUCGCCGACAAAGAACGAAGCGGCGGAGGAAGACUCGUCAGCGGAUUCGGUGACCGUAGCGGCCGCUGCGGUCUCGAUCACCAUCACGUCGUCGUCGCCGGCGUCGUCAUCGGUGGUGGACGCCGUGACCACGACGCCGCCGCGGGACACCACGGCCUCGGUAUCGGCCUCCGCUGCCAGUACACAACCGUCAAGCUCUGCCACGUCAUCAUCGCCCACCGAGCUUUCGCCGCCGCCGCUGGCGUCGACGUCGACAGCGUCAACAACGACAAGCACGAGUCCGUUUACGCGGAAGCCGCGGCGGUCCAACUCGCUGGGUCCGGCCGAAGAGAGCCGCAAGUGGACCGAACUGGUGCCGCGCAUGCUGCGUCGCGAGAGCACCACCACCUCGAUCGACGAGAGCCAGGUGGUCAUCUCGAGAGCGGCCCUUGCCGCCGCCCCGGGUUCGAUCACCGACGCCGCCGACGCGGCCGCAGGCACACCCGAGCGAGAACGAAACAAAGACGAUGUAGCGAGCAGCGGCGACGAUCUCGGGAAUUCUUUGUCGCGAGCGUUUCUCGACAUCCGACUGCCCUCGCCCAAUUUCAACUUUUCGUCGACGUGGUUGCAGACAGUGAUGGAGAAUCGCAAAUCCAACAAGUACAGAAAGUUUUCGGUGGAGGACAUGGACCCCUACUCUGCAUACGACAAGAACGACGGCAAGAUGCGCUUCUUUGCACCGACCUCGGUGAAAGACCCAGCCGUGAACCGGUCUCUUCAAUUGCGCAACGUGAUCCGCGAGUUUGUCGAGAAGGCCAACAACGAGACCGGGAAAACACCCUUCGGCGACUACAUUCCGCACUCGCCGCGGGACGACAAGCCGCCGUCGCCUCGGCGGGCCGAUGACGCUGCCGCCACCGUCGCCAGUGUCGACACAAAAGAAAGCGACGACGCCGAGCUGGAACGGGCCGCUGCGUCGGCGGCGCCGGCCAGCGAGGGUCUGGAGGCCGCGUCGCCCAAGGAAGACGAUGAGAACAAGUCGAAGCGGCCCUUCUUCAUCCUCUGCCUCGACGGCGGCGGUCUCAAGAGCAUCCUGGAGGCCACGAUCCUCGAACGAUUGGUGGCCGUCUUUCCGGAUCUGUUGGAGCGAGUGAAUUUAUUUGCUGGGGUCUCCGGAGGCUCCAUGCUGUGCUCAUGUCUCGCAUCAGGUCGCUCGGCGAUGUUCAUCCGUGCGCUGAUGGAGGGCAUCAUGCCCUACCUGGUCGAAGGCGAGCGGACCAUGAACACCGUCGCAGGGUUCGGCAUGAAGAAGGCCAAGUACACCCACACGGCCAUGCGCAUCUGCGGCGAAGAGAUAUUGAACGGAAUCAAGAUGGGAGAGCUGCCCAAGCAGUUGCUCAUCAUGUCGUUCUUGCUGGACAACGUCGACAUCAUGCGUGACGGCGACGACCGGACGUGGAUGGCUCGCGCAUACCACAACAUUCCAAUGCACCCAGACAACUCAGGGGUCUUCCUCGGCGCCGUCCACGUGGACGGUGGAGUGGUGGCCAACAAUCCCUCGUUGACGGCGGCGAUCACGGUGACCGGCCUGAAGGCCAAGAAUCGACAACCGAUGGAGAACAUCCGCAUCCUCUCGCUCGGCACGGGCACCGGCGACCAACACGAUUGGGGAUUGCUCAAGUGGGGACCCAAGCUGACGGAGGUUCUGUUCGGUGCAGCCAACAACAACGUCGACUUCCUCACCAACAUCAUGCUGGGCCAGAACUAUCACCGGCUCGACCCCCACAUGGAAGAAAAAUUGCCCAUGGACGACCCGGCGAUAGCGAUCAAGCUGGUCGAGCUCGGGCGGAGCAUUGUGCUGGACGACACGAUCGAGUGGAUCCGCGUCCACGUCUACGGCGGCGUGAAGUCGUCGUCGUCGACGACGUCGGCCGACGACGACCGGUCACGCGAGCGGGCCGCGACGUCGCCCGGCCUCCGGCGGCCGGGUCCGCUGCUCCGCAAGGAGAAGAAGCGGCACCACAUGUGGAAGUCCAAGGCCAACAAGCUGCACCACCCUGGGCGGGAGAGCGACGACGAGAACGACGACGACGCGGACGACGUGGUGCAUGAGGCCUGCGAUGAGGUGGACAGCGACGACGACGCCGAUGACGACGGUGGUGGCGGCGGUGGCGAUGACAAGGAGAGCGAGCGCAAGCGGCUGAAGAAGAUGCGGCGGCUGUGGGCCAAGCGCCGGGCCAAGAGCGACGUGAGCCAGAAGCUGCCGGCGCGGCACCGGGGCAAGACCUCGCUGGACGCCGCACACACGGUGGGGGGCGACGUGACGGUGCUCAUGGAGCGCGCCGAGAGCAGCGUCGAGAUCCACCACCACCAACAGGCCAACAGCAGCACCACCGACGACGAAGACGAGCGCAAGACGCACAGCUUCAGCGACGCCGGCACCAUCAUCAAAAACGAAAAGGAAUCGUUGACGCUGUUCAGCGACGCGCGAAGGCGAGCGAAGAAGAUAAAGAUGAAGCCGUUCUCGGGCAAGCUCAAGCGGCGGAAGGACAAGGAGCGCGACAAGAUCGAGAAGCACCAGCCCGAUGCCGCCACCGCCGGCGGCGCUUCGACGAUGGCGACGAAGAAGAGCGCGUCGUUCACGUCGUCGUCGUCCAAGGUCGUGUGGCUCCGCCGGCGCGGGUCGUACAGCGAAGAGGAUGACGACGAGGGCGGCAACGUUGAAGAAGAGGAGGAAUGCGGAGUGGAGGAAUCGGGCCAUCAUCGCAGCCAUCAGCAGCCGAAGCAUAAGAAGCACCAACAACAGCAGCAGCAGCAACAGGAAGAGGAAGAGGAGGACGAGGGCGGAGGCGUGGAGAAGGCCACCAGCAUACUCAAGUCCAUCUUCGGUCUCACCUGA